UUAUUUUUGCUUGGAAAUUUUGCCCUUUUUUUUUUUCCUUUCCCCCUCCUCCCAUUUGGAAAUGGGGGAAAUUGUUCAUUUACAAGCAGGAGAUUGUGGGAACAAUAUUGGAGCUAAGUUCUGGGAGGUGAUCAGUAAUGAGCACAGAAUUGAUCCAACUGGGACCUACUAUGGAGACAGUGACCAGCAACUGGAGAGGAUCAAUGUCUAUUACAAUGAAGUCACAAGGGGCAAAUAUGUCCCAAGAGCUGUUCUUGUGGACCUGGAUCCAGACUCCAUGUGCUAUGUACGAUACAGCCCCUAUGGCCAGGUCUUCCGGCCAGACAACUUCAUCUUUGGUCAGAGCGGAGCAUGCAAUAACUGGGCAAAAGGCCACUACACAAAUGGUGCCGAGCUGGUGGACUCCGUGUUGGAUGUGGUGAGGAAGGAAGCAGAGAGCUGUGACUGCUUGCAGGGCUUCCAGCUCACACACUCCCUGGUUGGAGGCACUGGUUCCGGCAUGGGCACUCUGCUCAUUAGCAAGAUACGCGAAGAGUAUCCUGACCGCAUCAUGAACACUUUCAGUGUGAUACCUUCUCCCAAACUGUCAGAUGUGGUAGUCGAACCCUACAAUGCCAUGUUGUCCGUGCACCAGCUGGUGGAGAACACAGAUGGGACCUACUGUAUUAACAACGAAGCCCUAUAUGACAUCUGCUUCCGCUCAUUCAGUUUCAUCACACCCACCCUUGGUGACCUUAACAACUUGAUAUCUAUCACCAUGAGUGGGAUCACCACUUGCCUUAGGUUUCCUGGCCAGCUGAAUGGAGAUCUGCGCAAAAUGGUAGUCAACAUGGUUCCCUUUCCUCGUUUGCAUUUCUUCAUGCCUGGAUUUGCACCCCUCACCCACAGGUCGAGCCAACAGCGUGACGUCCUGACAGUAUCUGAACUUUCUCAGAAGAUGUUUGAUGCAGGAAACAUGAUGGCGGUCUGUGACCCACGACAUGGUCGCUACCUGUCUGUGGCCACCAUCUUCCGUGGUCACAUGUCCAUGAAGGAGGUGGAAGAGCAAAUGGUGAAUGUGCAGAACAAGAACAGCAGCUACUUCGUGGAGUGCAUCCCCAACAAUGUCAAGACAACCAUCUGUGACAUCCCCCAUCAUGGUCUCAAGAUGUCCUCCACCUUCAUCGGCAACAGCACGGCCAUUCAGGAGCUAUGGCUGCACGUCUCCAAAAAGUUUGCAGCCAUGUUCCGGCGUAAGGCCUUCCUACACUGGUAUACAAGUGAGGGCAUGGAUGAGACGGAGUUCACUGAGGCCGCAAGCAACAUGAACGAUCUGGUGUCUGAGUACCAGGAGUUCCAGAAUGGUACCACUGAGGAUGAGGAAGAAUUUGAGGGGGAGGGUGAAGAGGAGAUGGGCUGAAUCUUUCUUUCUCUGUGUGGUUUUUUGACCAGUGUUUUCUUGAUGAGAUCACUGUUCAUAGUGUUUGUUUGUUCUGUUUGUUCAUCGUCUAUCCAAAAAUCUGUAAAUGUUUCCAUUGCUGCCGCACUUGUUGACAUGACUUAAGUUUUCUUCAGAUUUUUCAGCAUGGUAAUGAAAUAAGCAAUCAGUACACCAGGAAUAUACAUUAAAUACAACAGGAGGGAACAAGGUUAAAGCAUUUAGCACAGAGAGUCGCAUAGCAGUAUGUUGACAGAUCUGAAAGGACCAAAUCCUCUUGAAUUCAUUGCAAUAAUAUUAUAAUGCAGAUGUUAAUGUUUUAAGUGGAAGUCUUGAAUCACUUAAGUAUUCAUAUUUGUAGAGGGAGCUGCCUUCUGGCAUUUAAAAGUUUGACCAAAUUCAUGAGAAUAAUGAUGAAAUGUUCCAUUUUUUUUUUUUUUUUUUAAAUCUGAGCUGUAAAUGAUCAGUUUUAUACAAAGAGAAAUGCGGAAGCUGAACAAUAAUUAUCAUUUUGGGCUACUUUCAAGUGCAGUGGUGGUUCUUCUUGGCCUGCCAAUGUUCCCAUGUAUCUCGCCUUCUCUCUCCACUGACUUCCUGAAGCCACCCCUAUCACAUGAUCUCCAGGACUGAUGGAUCAACUCCUACACCCCAGCUAUAGCUCCUCUACCCCUUAUCUCUUUUAUCUAUGAAGGGCUCAACAUCAAAAAUCUGUGAUUCACAGCCUUUAAAAAGUGGUUAAAAAAGAAAAAACUGAACUUCUUACAAGAUUUAUUGAGAGCCUUUCUCAGUUCCCCAAGAGGUCCAGAAAAGUACACAUUGAUCCUGGGCAGUCAAAUGGGUGCAUUCUUUAUGCAGAUAUCUAGUCUGGUUCAGUAAAUGAAUGCACAGUACAUGCAUGGCUGGGCUAAAGCCUUACUAAGUUUGUAUCAUGUUGCAAGAUUUUGG